UUUGACAACGUCUGAGAUUUUCGGGAGAUUAUAUAUUGACUGAGGACGAUUAGAGACGUAAAAUAUACAAUCGAGAAAGUUAGAGAUGCAUUAUUCCCUUAUCUUUCUAUGUUUUCUGCUCCAAGCGACAACCGUUCGUAAAGAGUCAUUGCUUAGAUCGAAAUUCCUUGAAAUCGAUGGUUUGCUAAGUACUGGUAAUGAUGUUGUAAGACAUAUUGAGGAUACCAUUGAUCCCGUAGAUGUCGCUUUGGUUUUUAUAUGUUUUAUGAUAGCUUAUCUUGUCCGCAAACGCCGUCAACUGAAUGGAAGGCUAAUAAAAGAACUGGCAUUUAUGAAAACUACAUGUAUUCAAAACGAUAAAGUUAUAUCUGGAUUACAACCAUAUCUUGAAGAUGCUAGAAGUAAAAACUCAACCCUUGAGAUGCCGUUACGGAGACUAGCAAGAUCCUGCGGCAAACUUGAUCAAGACGUGGAUCAAAAGAUGGCAGAAAUUGAGGGGCUGUCUGUCCAAUUUUCCCGUUUUAAGAAAAAUUGGAAUAAUGAGGCAGCCCCUUAUUAUGAGACUCCACUGAUCACAAUGCUUGCUCAUGUCGAAGAGACAAAAGUUCACGCGGAACUAAACAGACUUAAAAAAUUUAUUGAGAGUGAGUUGAAGUCAUUGAAAUCAGUAAAUGAAUAUAAUAGUUACUUAUUGGACCAAGCGGAAGAUGAUGUAGACAGAUUACUCAUUGUUGAAGGUCUGUAAGAAGAAAGUACUAUUUAUAAAAGCGUAGGAAGGUGUAGCCAUGUGAUCCCAGUCUAGUAUGGAGAGAGAAGAAGAUAACAUUAUUUUUUUCAAGGUUUUUUUAUUUCUUUUUUUUGUUUUAUGGAAUUUUUUUUUAAUGUUUUUUGUUUGUUUUGUUUAAU